AUGGAUAACUGUGCCUUCACUAAAAGAGAGCAUUUGUGCGAGAUCUCUGCAGAUGACAGUGAGAGAAAGAAGCAGGUGUCAGAUGAGGAGACGGAACAGAACAAGCUGUCCUACAGUGUAACUGACGUGCCCCCCUGGUACCUCUGCAUCAUCCUUGGGACUCAGCACUAUCUGACAGCAUUUGGGGGGAUCAUUGCCAUUCCCCUGAUUUUGUCGAAGGAGUUGUGUCUGGAGCAUGACACCCUCACCCAGAGCCACCUGAUCAGCACCAUCUUCUUUGUGUCAGGGCUAUGCACUCUGCUUCAGGUCACAUUCGGGGUGAGGUUACCUAUUCUCCAAGGGGGAACCUUCACCUUCUUGGCCCCAUCCCUCGCCUUGCUGUCAAUGCCUCAAUGGAAGUGCCCAGCCUGGACUCAAAAUGCCAACCUUGUCAACACCAGCUCACCAGAGUACAUUGAAGUGUGGCAGUCCAGGAUUCGAGAGCUCCAGGGAUCCGUCAUGGUCGCAUCCUGUUUCCAGAUCUUUGUGGGAUUCUCUGGUCUCAUCGGUCUCUUUAUGAGGUUUAUUGGACCCCUCACGAUUGCGCCGACCAUCUCUCUCAUUGGAUUGUCCCUGUUUGACUCGUCAGGGAACGAUGCAGGCAAACACUGGGGGAUCUCCGCCUUGACUGUCAGUAUCAUUGUGUUGUUCUCACAGUACCUCCAUCAUAUCCCUGUACCGAUGCCUGCUUACAGCAAGACCAAGAAGUUUCAUUCUUCCAAGAUUUAUGUCUUUCAGAUUCUACCGGUGCUGGCAGGAAUCACUAUGUCCUGGCUGAUCUGUUACAUCCUCACAGCAUACAGGGUCCUGCCAUCGGACCCAAAGGCAUAUGGCUACUGGGCACGGACAGACCUGAAAGGGGAUGUGCUGGGCCAAGCACCUUGGUUCCGCUUCCCAUACCCAGGUCAGUGGGGCAUACCAACAGUCAGCCCUGCAGGGGUGUUUGGGAUUCUGGCGGGGGUGAUUUCCUCCAUGAUAGAGUCUGUCGGUGACUACCAUGCCUGUGCUCAUCUCUCAGGUGCCCCUCCCCCACCCAUAAAUGCAAUCAACCGAGGAGUAGGCAUGGAAGGAAUUGGCUGUCUGAUGGCAGGAGCAUGGGGCACAGGCAAUGGGACCACCUCCUAUAGUGAAAACGUGGGGGUGCUGGGCAUCACCAAGGUGGGCAGUCGGAUGGUGAUUGUUACUAGUGGCUUCCUGAUGAUUUUUAUAGGAAUGUUUGGGAAAGUUGCGGCUAUUUUCACUACAAUCCCAACACCUGUCAUAGGGGGUAUGUUCUUUGUGAUGUUUGGAAUGAUCACUGCUGCUGGAAUUUCAAACCUACAGUGUACUGAUAUGAACUCAUCCCGGAAUAUCUUUAUAUUUGGAUUCUCCAUGUUCACUGGGCUGGCGAUUCCCAAUUGGGUAUUUAAGCACCCUGGGGCCAUUGUGACAGGUGUGACAGAGCUGGAUCAGGUGCUUCGGGUUCUGCUGACGACCAGUAUGUUUGUGGGCGGCUUCUUUGGCUUUGUCCUGGAUAACACUAUUCCAGGGUCAAGGAAGGAGCGUGGCAUCCUCGUCUGGAAGGAAGCGCAGCAGCAGUCUGGCAAGACUCUGGAGAGUGAGGAGGUGUACAGCUUGCCCUUUGGGAUCGGGUCGUGCUUCUGCACUGAAUCUUGGGUUCAGUAUAUACCCUUCUGCCCCAAACCAGCUGGGACUGGCAGUGGCAAUGUAGGAAACAACGAGGACACAAUCAUGGAGAAGACUGGCCAGGCACUACCAAACAGAGAUACUCGGCUAUAG